AUGUCCAACUACGAAGAGAUUUCGCGCCGUGCCGAGGCUGAUCUCAAUACCUACCAGGCCAAGACUGGCAAUGCUCGUCCACAGGCUGAUGACGAUGCCGGCGUCAACUCUUACGUGGAAAAGAAAUUUGAUUCAGCCAAUGUCACCUAUGGAGAAGAUUUGAGUACAAACAGGGGCUACAACAAACGUAUUCCUCCUGGUGAGGGAGGAGACGUUGAUGCUCGUGGGAGACAAGCUACCGGAAAUCAGUACGAAGGCCAAGGAGGUCCUGGUGACAAGAUCUCCGAGUCAUAUCGCCAACAGGGCGGCCAAAACGACGCCGAUGUUGUAGGCGCAGAUGCCCAACGGAGCCUGGGCAACAGCGGCGACAUUGCCGCUCAAGGACAAGCCGCGUCCAGGGCAAACGUUGGAAGAAAUCCGCCGGGGGUCGGAGGAUCAAAGUACAAGGGAAGUGAUUAUUAUACGCCCGAGAGUGUGCCGGAUAGCAUCUCUGCAGAGGGCUGGAUUGCGCCUGAGAGUGUGACGCAGGCGAGUCGGGAGACGGAAGGAUACACGUCCAGAAUCCAUGAAGACGAAUAA